CGGCUCUGUAUGUCACGUCUGCUUGUCAAGGAAUGGAACAGUGAUCAGUAAGCUUGCUACACUCUGCAAAUGCGGCAUUCUAGAACGGAAAACUUUUUGAAAAAGUCUGGUACUCCCCACUUUACCCCAAAGCCAGAGAGAGAAGUUUUCCACUCUUGGCAUCAAGAUGAACUGUCAGGGGGAAGUAGGGAAUCUCCGGCAGAUGCGCUUGCACUUUUCUUCAACAGGUCCGCUGCACUGGGAGGAGAGGAAUGUGGGUCUUUAGAAUGCUAUUUGGUAGGAAGGUACAUGCUACACGAGUGUUCACUUCCAAAUGAAGGGAUUUAAACUGUGUUUCAGUUUUAAAAGCUGGCUAACAUUGAGUUACAGGACCAGAUAACAUUUAACCAGACCCCACACAUGCUGAUGCCUAAUGCUUUCGUAGCAAAACCGGUGUCCUAAAGGUUCUUUGUUAGGCUUGUCCAGUAUUUUGGCUGAGCAAUGAAGGAUACCCAGUCAACAGUAGCUCAACAUGUGGGGUCCGAAGACAUUUAUGAUUUCCAUGAUGAUGGGGAACCCUUGGGGAGAUUGAAAGGACCUGAUAUACCUGGAGAAAAGAUUACCUGUAAUAGCAGGUCAUCGGAACUUGUAGAACAAUUUCAAAAAAAGAGGAAACGUUGUGGGGUCUGUGCGCCAUGUCUACGAAAGGAGCCUUGUGGAGCGUGUUACAACUGUGUCAACCGGAGUACCAGCCACCAGAUCUGCAAGAUGAGAAAGUGUGAAAAACUGAAAAAGAAGAGACUGAUCCCACUCAAAGGAACAGAGGUUAUAAAUAAGGAGAGCACCGAUAUACAGACAAAAGAACAAUUGCACAGUGUUAAGAGCUGUUCUGAAAGCAUUUCAGUUGAUGGACCCAAAGCAGACCAAAUGGAAACGGUGUCAGUUAAUCAUGUUGAAGAAGGAAGGUUGAAACAGGAAUGUGACCCAGGCCUGCUGAAUGAGGGAUGUGAGGGACUAGGAAAUGGGAUGUUAAUGGAUGCCGAUUCCUGGCUAAGCAAUACCCCUGUUCCCCAGAAUUCCAGCGAUAAAAUUAACUGGGAGAAUAAUCCCAUUACAAAUCAUGCUGCUGCUAACAACAAUUCUAACCUAGAAGAUGCCAAAAACCUAGUAGCAUUCUCUGCUGUGGCUGAGGCAAUGUCCUCUUAUGGCAUACCAGCAUCAGGGACUCCAUCUUUGGUAUCAAUGCAGUUAUAUGAGCAGUUUAACUAUGAAACAAAUAGGGACAACUCUCAUCUCACUGAAAAUAAACCUCCACCAUGCCCUGAAGAUCUGAACACCUUACAGGCAGCUCUGACCCUAGCAAAGCAUGGGAUGAAGCCGCCUAACUGCAACUGUGAUGGUCCAGAGUGCCCGGACUACCUGGAAUGGUUGGAAAAUAAAAUAAAAUCUGCUGUUGAGGGUCAUCAGGACAGCUCCCUGAGUCACGUCAACACAGACUUGGUGCCGAAAAAUUACCCUAAAGAACAGGUGCUUACUCUAGAAAAUAAAAUGACAAAAUGUCCUUCAGGUUCCCUUCCCUUUUCUGAGAAUGCACUGAGUAUUGCAAAAGAGAAGAACAUAAGUCUGCAAACUGCGAUAGCUAUAGAAGCUCUUACACAACUGUCAUCGGCACUUCCACAGCCAAGCAAGGAUUUUGCCAAUGGCUCAUCACAACACAUAUUGACCUCUCAUGAUCAGCUUACACAUUUUCCAUCUGCUAAGGGAGAUCCAGGUGAGGUAUUGCCUAUGUCCUGCAAUGAAUUAUUUCAUAAUCAACAGUCCCAGCUAUACACUGGUGAAAAUGCUCUUCCCGUACCACAAACUCCUGGACAGACUCCUUGGGAGCAAAACAAGGCCCAUAGUUAUCAAGAAGGACAAUACAUUCCAGAAAACAAUAUAUCCCAACACUCUUCUUCAUUGCUGCAAAAGCAGGUUUCCACCCCACAAAAAUCUGAAUACAUAGACCAAUGGGUUACAGAUUCAGAACAUCAAAAAUCUCCCUCUGAUCCGAUGUCAGGACUAAAACAGUUGCUUGGAAAUGAAUAUAUCAAGUCUGUGUUUAAAAGUCCUGAGGCCUUACCCAAUAGAACGAAAAACAUGAAAUCAAAGCAAAAUUCUGUUCACUCCAUAAAGAAAGAGCCCCCUGAUUACUACAAAAUGUCACCAGAUCAGCAACUGUCGCAAAUUCUUCAAGAUGAUAUUCACCGCAGUGCUCAGGCUGCACUUCAGCAGCAUCUCCACCACAAGAGAAAUCUGUUUCUGGACUCAAACAACAUCCAGUCAUGCAGUCAAGAGCAGCCAAACUGGUGGAUUCCAAAUAGUAAGAAAACACCUGCUUCAAAGUCAUUGGAAAAGCCUGUAAAAGAACGUAAAAAAAGAGUUCAGUCCCCUUCACAGAAACAGACAGAUCCAAAAAUUAAACCCCCACGUAAGCAAGUGGAAAUAAAAAAACCUAGGCGGAAAGAUGCCACUACAGUCUUCUUGCCCGUGGCCCAAAUCAACAUUGAAGGGUUAUGUAGAGUUUCAAAUAGUGAGAACCAGGUCAAAGAACUGUUAGGUGAUAUUUCUUUUAACAGUGACAGUGAACAAAUGGGACUUGCACCACAAUCUUUACCACAGUCCAUGGUGUCAACAAAUCUUGAAAAUGGAAAUGCUUUAAACACUCAGGAAAUGUGCACUAUAAGAGCUGGACAAGCCAAUGACUUAGCAGUUUGCAUUCCUCAAGCAAGCCCUGUUACAAAAGACAUGUGUCCUACACCUUCCACAGAGGAUACCAACUCCAACUCUGGGCAAGGUGACUCUAUCAACCAGCAAACCAGUACGAGCCAUUUACCUGUACAAAGUGACCUCAGCGCCAUUGAUGACAAGUUUGAAGACCUAAUUAGGCAGUUUGAAGCAGAGUUUGGAGAUGAUUUCCCUCUCUCAAGUUCUGACGUACCCACCCAGAAUGGUGAAGGACCACUUAAACAGCAUGCCUCAAUAGAUUCUCAGACCAGACUGCCCUUCCCUGGGCAGAUUCCUGCUGAAAAUGCCACACGUCCAGCCAGCCUUUCCAGUUCUGCACUUUCAAACCUCUCUUUACAACAGGAUAUGUCACAGAAUUAUGAAAGCUUAUUUUCAUCCAGAUCUCCUAAACAGAUCAAAAUCGAAUCUUCUGGUGCUAUAACAGUGGUGUCCACCACUUGCUUCUACUCCGAGGAAAGCCAACACAUUGAUGGAACACCUACAAAAAGCGAGCUGCCUUUCAAUCCUUCCCUUAGUGGAUUUUUGGAAUCUCCGAUGAAUUAUCUCAGCUCUCCAACUAAGAGCCUGUUGGACACUCCAGCUAAAAGGGCUCAAGCCGAAUUUCCAACAUGCAACUGUGUGGAACAAAUUAAUGAAAAGGAUGAAGGACCUUACUACACUCAUCUUGGCUCAGGACCAACAGUAGCCUCCAUAAGGGAGCUCAUGGAAGAACGGUAUGGUGAGAAAGGGCCAGCAAUACGCAUUGAAAAGGUUAUUUACACAGGAAAGGAGGGGAAGAGUUCCAGGGGAUGUCCGAUUGCUAAAUGGGUCAUUCGCCGCCAGAGUGAGGAGGAAAAACUCCUAUGUUUGGUCCGAAAGCGUGCUGGCCACAGUUGUGAGAAUGCUGUCAUCAUUAUCUUAAUCAUGGCAUGGGAGGGAAUCCCACGUUCACUUGGAGAUUCCCUCUAUCAAGACCUUACAGAAACCAUCACCAAGUUUGGAAAUCCAACUUCACGUAGAUGUGGCCUGAAUGAUGACCGGACCUGUGCGUGCCAGGGAAAGGACCCGAACACCUGUGGUGCCUCUUUCUCCUUUGGAUGCUCGUGGAGCAUGUACUUCAAUGGCUGCAAGUAUGCACGUAGUAAGACUCCAAGGAAGUUUCGAUUGAUAGGGGACAAUCCCAAGGAGGAGGAGAGUCUCAGGGACAAUUUCCAGGAUCUGGCUACUAAAGUUGCUCCUGUUUACAAGUCACUUGCCCCACAGGCUUAUCAAAACCAGGUUAACAAUGAAGAUGUAGCAAUUGACUGCCGACUUGGAUUAAAAGAAGGUCGACCUUUCUCUGGUGUGACAGCUUGUAUGGAUUUCUGUGCCCAUGCACACAAGGACCAGCACAAUCUGUACAACGGGUGCACAGUGGUCUGCACCCUGACCAAAGAGGACAACAGAACAGUUGGCAAGAUUGCAGAAGAUGAGCAGCUUCAUGUUCUACCAUUGUACAAGGUGUCUAACACCGAUGAAUUUGGCAAUGAGGAGGCCCAAAUUGAAAAAAUAAGGAAAGGUGGAAUCCAGGUGCUGUCUUCCUUUCCUCGUGAGGUGCGCAAACUUUCUGAACCCGCCAAGUCUUGCAGACAGAGGCAGAUGGAGGCCAAAAAAGCAGCUGCUGAAAAAAAGAAACUACAAAAAGAGAAAUUGACCACACCAGAUAAGACCAAGCAGGAGCCAGCAACACCACCACUGUGUGCCCCAAGCCCAGGUGUGUUACAACAGCAGGUAAACCCUUGUAUAAAAGUGGAACCCAACAAUCACUACAAUACCUUCAAGUAUAAUGGGAAUGGAGUUGUCGAGAGUUACUCGGUGCUGGGCAGCUGCAGGCCGUCAGAUCCUUACAGCAUGAAUAGUGUGUACUCCUAUCAUCCUUUCUAUGCACAGCCUAACCUGCCUUCUGUGAAUGGCUUUCAUUCAAAGUUUGCUCUUCCCUUUGGAUAUUAUGGUUUUACCAGUAACCCUGUGGUUUCCUCUCAGUUCAUGAAUUACGGUGCUACUGAUACAAGAAGCAACGGGUGGAUGAGCAACAGAUUUGAUAAGAAGGCAGACAUGCAGUCAAUGACAGACAGCAUAAACCAUAGUUAUGAAAUAUCAGAACAAGGUUUCAUGAGGUCAAGUGACCUGUCACAUCAGUACAGCCUCCAGGAUCCCACCAGUCAAAAAUCAUCAAACCUUUCCCAUCGGACUACCCCUGUUCCAUUGGACACCACUCCAUAUUCACAGAACCUUUCCUGCUUUAAUAAAGCAAUUAAGAAGGAACCUGCUAGUGACCUGCCACAUGUAGAUGCUUUCCAAAGUGCAUCAAGUGUCCAUGCUCCGAGUCCAGGUGUAAACCGAUCAUCACAGAACAGUGAUCAGUCAAUUCCAUAUAAACCAAAUGGAGUGCUCUCAUCAUCUGAAAGGACUAAUGCUGAAGGUCACAGCAGUGUGUUUAUGUCAGGUGAGAAAAUAAACUUGGCAAACAGUCUAGAGAAGAGAAAUUAUUUUGGUGUUCAUGCAAAUGGAAUAGAAUUGAAGAACCUGCACAGAAGGGAAAAACAAUGGAACACAUAUGGAAUGGAUAGUCAAACAAGCCAACAUGAUGCACACUCUCAAGGAAAGGUCUGGAGCUCAUGCAAACUCAAUGAUAGUCCUGUUGUACUGCCCUCAUCUGCAAAUACACAUGAGAAAAACUGGACUAAUGGACAAGUCAUGAAGGAAACUGCAGUGUUCCAAGAAAAACUUUGGAAUUCAGUUGCUUCCAGUGAUCGGUGCAGUGUUACCCCAAGUAUUGGGCUGCAAGAGAAGGCAUGGAAUCUGUUUGCUAAUCCUGCAGUGAACUCCUUGAAAACCGAUGACAGUCAGAUGCUCUGGGACCCUUACAGUCUAGAUGACAAUGUGGGUGAUGCUAAUGUGAAGAACGUAAAAGAAGAGGAAGAGGAGGAAAUCUGGUCUGACAGUGAGCACAACUUCUUAGAUGAGAAUAUUGGAGGGGUCGCUGUUGCACCAGCCCAUGGGUCCAUACUCAUUGAAUGUGCAAGGAGAGAGCUUCAUGCCACUACACCCGUGAAGAGACCCAACAGAUGUCACCCAACGCGCAUCUCCCUGGUGUUUUAUCAACACAAAAAUUUACAUCAACCCAACCAUGGACUGGCACUUUGGGAAGCCAAAAUGAAGCUACUGGCAGAGCGGACACGGGCGAAGCAAGAGGAAGCUGCCAGGCUAGGCAUCAAGACGGAAGUCAAAAGCUUUGGCAAAAAAAGAAAGUGGGGAGGUGCUGCCACUACAGAAACCCCACCAAUCGAGAAGACCGACAUCAUCCCAACUCGACAGGCAGCUACUAUAUUUACAAACUCUUCUACCACUGCAUCCUCCUAUGCCUAUACCAAGGUUACGGGACCAUACAGUCGCUGGAUAUGAGAUUAUUACAGCUACCAUUGUGGCCAUUGUACCUCAGCUAAUCCACAGCACUGUAAUAUAUGGUGCUAUUUUUUUGGUGCUUUUCACUUGUGUAGAGCGGGGUUAUCCUGCUUAUAUGUGCACAUCUCCCAGGACGUAACCCUCUCAGCAAGAGAACUUUUACUGUAUAUUGUUUUGUUUUUGUUUUUUUGUUUUUCCAUUAUUCUUCAAAAGAUUUAUAUCUGCAUUUUUAAAACCUACUGUUGUACAAUGACAGGAAUAUACAUGAAAAAUCACGGCAUCCUUUUAAAAGACACACAAACAAAUUUUUAAUCACAUCUAAAUAUAUUUAUUGGAUUUUUUAGAACAAUGAUGGUGCAUAAUUUGUAGCCCAACCACCCAUGAACAGGUCUUCUUAAGCUACUAUGAAUCAUGGCUAAAAGACCACCGAACAUCUGUUAAUCUUUAUUUUGUUUUUGUUUGUUUUUUUUAAAUGUAAAAAUUUUUUUAAUACCAAUCAAAGGAAAUGCUUUUAAUCACAAAACCCAUCUUCGACAGCAGGCUAAGUAACAGAUACAGUAUCCCUUUACUGGUAACUGAAUUUAUUUUACAAUUCCAUUUUUUUAUUUUAUUUUUUUAAAUAAUCAUACAGAUGUUUGGUUUGACUGGAUCUCUGCAGAAUAUACAGAGAAGCUAAUAAGGAAUCGUAAAGAUGUGUGAAAAUAUGAAAUGAAACCAUUAAAUUCACUUUUCAGUGCGGUGUCACUCAGUGGUGUAACCUUUUGAGCAAGCCAGCAUGGAAAUCAUUUAGAGCUCUUCUUAUAAAAACAUUUUUGCAGUUAGCCCAGUAUUGCUGGAUUGAGUGCUGGUUUGCUCAUCUUAAAGGGACACUCAUUUUAAUGUAAUGUUCAUAAAGCUGAAAUACUUUUUAAUGUGAGACUAGGAGAUCAGACGCACUCAUAAAAUUUUACCUAAUAGCCAAAAUGGCCAGGAUAUGUAUACAUUAAAUGUCAUACUUGAAAAAUUACAUCCACAAAUGUUCACAGGGCUAUGAGCUAGGCAUUGUGGGUAUGGGCAGAUGCCCACACAGCUAUAGAGAUCAACAUAUUUAUAGAGUGUGUCUUGCUGCCAAAGGCCAAGUAAUAAAACGUUAAUACUUAAAAUAGUAUUUUAUCUGUAGAUGUUCUAGCAAUUUCAAAUGUCAUAUUUGCUUGACACUAGCACUUUAUUUUUAAUUUUUGUUGCUAAAACCUUUUUGACUAGUAGUAGUAAAUUCUGUCUUGAUCAGAAGUCACUCUACAUCUGUAUUGCUGUCUGCAGGGCAUAUAAAAAAAUCUAUGUAAGAUUUAUAAUCUUUAUAAUUGUAUCUGAACUCAAUUUAUGCCACUGCAAAGAAAAUUAUAAUAAAAAAAAUUAAAAAUGAAUAAACCAACAACAAAUAACAGAAACAAAAUAGCGCUUUUCAGAUUGUAAAACCCCUAAAAGGGCUGCUGUAUCUUCCAUCAAAUGAAAACUGUGAAUAGAUACCAUUGUGUUGUAUAUAUGGUGCUGUUGGGUUCUGGGCAUUUUCUGUUUAAUGUAACUCAAUGGGCCUACCAUGUAGACCAAACAACCUGCAUUUUUCUUUUCUGUAUGUUACACUGAUCAGCUCUUCUUUUUAACAAUGCUGUCUUGACCUGUUUGCUUUAAGAUAGAUCAUUGUGAAUGUGUUGGCCAUUUCAUUGACUCUCCUAAGUUCCAUUGCAAAUCAGUGGUGCUCUAUGACCGUAACACCUAUUUUUAGUAUUUGCUAAUUUUAUUAAUUGGGGGGUAAACAAGGGGUUGCAUUGAAACUGCAGGUGCUACAAAGCUAAAGGAAUGAAAAAAAAAUAAGCAUAAAUAAAAGUAUUUUUUAAGGAGUAUAGACAAUUUUAAGA